CCUAUCAAACGAUUACAAACUGUACCGUCUCAUUGUACCAAUAGUGAGCUAACGUUGCAAUAGGCAAAAAAUCAAAGUGUGAAAUACACGCGUACUUUAUUGUGUAUGUUUUCUGAUCACUCUGCGUGUUUUUGUUGUAAGCAGUGACAGAAGAUUCAUUUGUAUUAGAUGACGAUUCACGUUUAAUAUCGUAAAUCGUGCGGACAUUUAACACAAGUAAAAAAUUACAGUCACCGGCAUGUGGCAAGUUGAUGGGAAAGAAUGUGGACAUUUCUAAAGAUUAUCCGUUUAAACAGGGCGACUGUGCGCUCUCUUAACCCCUUACCCCGCGGAUGGACCGUGGUGCUGCGCAGAAGUUGUUCCAGCGCGUCAUCGGAGAGUCGGGUAACUAACCCGUCCAUUCUGAGACAUCUCACCUCCAAGAUCACGGCGACCGGUGCCAUCACGGUAGCGGAGUAUAUGCGAGAGGUCCUCACCAACCCAGUUUCGGGAUAUUAUGUGAAGAAUGAUAUGUUGGGAGCCGACGGAGAUUUUAUCACAUCACCAGAAAUAAGUCAGAUUUUUGGGGAGCUGGUGGGUAUCUGGUGCGUGAGUGAGUGGGUGGCUUCAGGAAAGCCCAAAGUGCUUCAGCUGGUCGAACUCGGUCCCGGAAGAGGUUCUUUGAUCGGUGACAUCCUGAGGGUCUUUCACCAGCUGCAGUCAGUUCUGCAUGGUGCAGAAGUGUCUGUCCACCUGGUGGAGGUGAGCCCAAAGUUAAGCCAGCUCCAGGCUCAGUGUUUGGCUGGUGAAUAUACGUGUGGGGGUGAGGAUGAGCUGGUGUACCGCACAGGCACGACACACACAGGUCUGCCCAUCUACUGGUACAGGAGUGUCAAAGACGUCCCGAGAGGUUUCAGUAUAUUCUUGGCUCAUGAGUUCUUUGAUGCCCUGCCUAUCCACAAGUUUCAGAGAACAGAAAAGGGUUGGAGAGAGGUGAUGGUUGAUAUCCACCCAGAAGAACCAGACAAACUGCGCUUUGUGCUUUUCCCUACACCUACCCUGGCCUCCACUACACUUAUCCAUGAAGAUGAAAAGCGACAACACUUGGAGAUUUCCCCAGAAGGGGGAGUCAUUGUUCAGAAGCUGGCCAGUCAGAUUGCUGAGGAUGGGGGCGCAGCCUUGAUAGCAGACUACGGGCACGACGGAACGAAGAUGGACACCUUCAGAGGCUUCAGGGGACACAAGCUCCACGAUGUGCUGGAGGCCCCUGGCACCGCGGAUCUGACUGCAGACGUGGACUUCAGCUAUCUGAGGAGAAUGGCAGGAGACGCGGUGGUCUGCAUGGGACCCAUCACACAGAGGGCCUUCCUGAAGAACAUGGGCAUCGAUGCACGUCUACAGGUCCUGCUGAGGAGCUGCCAUGAUGCCACCACCCGAGCGCAGCUCAUCCAUGGCUGUGAUAUGUUGACAAGCCCUGAGAAGAUGGGCAGCAGCAUGAGGCCUACCGGGAGAAGACAGGCAGCACGAAGGAACCACAGAGGAGGGCGGCUCUCUGCUGCGGAUGCUCCUAUCGAGAAGACCACCUCCUUUUUAAAGAGCCCUGCCGUUGGACUGAUUUAAACAGAUUUUGACUUUUGUUUCCCUUCGCUUCUUUAAUGUCGCAGCAGUUUGGGUAGGCUGCCAUGUGGUAGGUUUGCAUCAUAUUAUUAUUUUAAGGGCUCAUGUUAAAAGAGGAACAAUUCACCCAUAGAUAACAACACUUACUGCGAAGCUCUAAAGACAAAGGUUUUUAUUAGAUAUGUGAAUACUAAAAUAUACAAAACAGUGAUUGUCACCAUUCCAGUGGCAACACAGGCUAACACAGAUUCUCAGGAUCACAUCACCCUUACAUUGCUUUAAAAAUGUGGCUACCUGCAUAAGUACUUCUGCCCACCAAGCUUAUAACCCAGUUCUGAAAUUCCUUCACAGGUGCCUUGCAAUAUAGAAGUCGCACAAAAUGCUAUGUUCUGAACCUCCUCCCACUGAAUUAUCCAGUCCAAUUUAUCUGAUAGCUGCAGUUGACUAAUACUGUUUAAACAAGUAUGUUAAAUUAAAAUCGUAUUUUACAUGC